GCCGACCAAAAAGUGUGUUGUGCUGUGCCACACACUUCCGUGUGAGUCGCCAUGAAUGUCCUGCCACGCCGUGUGCUGGGUGCAUACUUUGUGGCAGAAGGAACAGGCUUUGCUCAUCAUUGGUACGUCAAACGCCGUGCCAAGAAAGCGCCCCCUCCAGAGUUGCCACCAGUGGAUGAGGAGUAUGGGCAAAACUUCAUGAAUCUUGCACGUUGCCAGGGACAAGGCUCUGACCCCUUGGCUUGUGCACGCUUUGUCCGUCAUGCCUUCUUCGGUGCACCUCCCGAAGCCCUUCCAAGAGAGGCAGUACACACGUGGUUGCAAAGCCACCUGGGUGCAGCCUCUGAUGAUGCGCUCACCGCCUUGGAAGCCACGCUGGGGCAUUUCUCGCCAACCAGAAGAGGCAGCACCUCCUUCUUCGUCUAUGGCCAAGGAGCCGUCGAGGCUUGGUACAAGCCAUUGCUGUUGCGAUCAUUUAUGGAGGCACAGCGCUUCUUGGCGCGCCGCCGCUUGAAGCAGCAGGGCUUUCGAGAGACCCGGGAUCCAACCAUCCCUGAGCUCAGCUAUUGGGAGCGUUGCGAGGGCGAGACUGACGAGCCGCCAUUGCUCGUACUGCAUGGAUAUGGGCGAGGACUUGCUUCGCCACUCUUCGACGGGAUGCUGCCUGCUUUGGGUCGCAGGAGGGUGAUCAUUGCGGACUGUGGGUGGCUCUUGGUGACGCGUGUGCCACUCCGUGACCUUGCAACCGUGCCAACGGUGCGUCAAAUUGCAGAGGCCGUGGCCGCCAGACUGGAGAGGCAGCCUGUGGACAUUUUGGCGCACAGCUUCGGCACUGCUGUUGCCAGUGCCCUGAUACAAAAGCUGGAGGUGCAUGAGGUGCAGCCUACGAAGAGUGCAGUUGUGCGGCGUGCAGUCCUGAUGGAUCCGAUGUGUUUCGUUCCAGGAAUCUCCAAGCAAGCUCAACUUUUGCGUCGAACGCCAAUGGACCUCACCACCGAACUAUUGUCAGAGACCGUACCAGGAAGCUCAGGCUUUUCAAUGUGGGAAGUGCUGCGGAACGUGGUGAACAGACCCGAUCCUUGCGUCAGUGCAUCUCUGGAUGAGGAGACAGCUGCUGCAGAGCGGCGGAAGUGGAUUAUCCACCAGACGUACUUCUUCAACUACUUCAUUUUUCGCGAUCUUGUGUACAGCUGGGUCAACAACCGUGCGCUUUUUGGUCCUGACUACUUGGACCGUGGCCUCUUGCGAGAACUAAACCGCCAGCGCAGGACCUCGAUAUGAAAUCGCUCAAAGACGGUUGAUUGGGUUGUCUCACCAAGGUUUGAUUUUUUUGUCAACAAAUAUGUGGUAGCAAAUGUACAUUGCCGAUUGAGUUGCUGCAGGCUGCUGACAAUUGUUGCUUGGAACUCAGUCUGCCACACGUCCUGGGCAAGACGUGCCAGGUUGACUUGUGUUCUCCUGCGAUUUGCAUCCGAACUGUUUGUUCUCAAGGUGACCUCUUUUUCUUUGCCACAGUUUCUGAACAUGUUUUGCUGAAGAAAAGAAUUGUUUGACUAUUGAAUAGGAAUCUGCUAGAGUUGCCUUUGCAGAUCUUUUGCAGCGUAUUAGGCUAUGACCUGCCAAAUUGGCACCACUUGAUUUAUCGCAAAGGGAGUAACGACAGCUCAGCAUUGCCCCACGCAAGCAAAACAUGUUUUGCUAAGGCAGAGACAGACACCAUGUGCUUUGGACUACAAGAGCGAUGUUUUGCACCUUUCACCGGAAUCAAAUAUUUACUAUUGCAAAGGUGCUGUCUGGUUGGAUGAGAUUGUUCUGAGCCCAGGAUUCCUGCAUCCCAACUUCGAGCUGAACUUGCCUCUGAAGGAAGCUUCAUGUGGCUUCCAACGGUCGGCCACGGAGCCUGUCAGCACCGUGAGGAUGUGUGGCUUCGAGUCCAAGACUUUCUUCGCUGAAGAGCGAAGAGUGAGACUCAAAAUGAGAAAAGGCAACGGUCUCAUGAAGGGAUCCUCCAACGUUCGUAUUCUUCACAUAGUAUCUUUAGUGGGUUUCUUUGCGAGGGGUUCCCGUAUCAUGAGACAGCCUUUUGGUGCAGGAAGAUUGUGAGAUCACGUUGGAACCAGGCCAGGGGCAGCAAUUUUAAUUCGAGAGAUUGCAUCGAAGCUUUUCCCUUGGUGGCUCAGCGGCCUAAACGGUUGAAGUUUGAACUCAGGGAAAACUCUUUGGGCUGAAUGUUCUGAACAACCAGGC